ACCAUCUAUCUGGAAAUUGUUUGAACAAAAAAAAGUCAAAAGACUAACCACCACCACCACAUUACCACUCAUCACCCAACAUGCCUCCAAAGAAGAAUAACAAGAAAGGUGGUAAAUCCAAUACUCCUUCUCCUGCUAGUACCACUCCAACAAAGGUUGAUUAUGAUAGUGAUGACGAAAAUCACGAACUUCAACAAGAUGCUUCCACAACAACUCUUCACAUUUCAGCCACUGGUAAUUUGGUUUCUCACCCACUUUCUAUGGACUUGAAAUUUGAACACUUUUCUAUAUCCAUUUCUUCACCACAACUCUCUGCCUCAGUUGAUCUUAUUGAUGACACUGAAUUUUGUUUGAAUAGAGGUGUUAAAUACGGUUUAAUCGGUUUGAAUGGUUCAGGUAAAUCCACUCUUCUCAAAGUUUUGGGUAGAAGAAUGAUUCCUAUUCCAAAGCAAAUUUCAAUUUAUCACUUACAAGGUGAAGCUAAACCAACCGAUAUGAGUGCACUUGACUAUGUUUUAUCAAGUGUCGAUAAGGAACGUAAAAGAUUAGAAAAGGAAUUGAACGAUCCAAAGACAACAACUGAAAGACAAGAACUCAUCAUGGAUAAGUUGGAAGAAUUAGAUCCAGAAUGGACGAAACCUAAGGCUGCUAAACUUUUGCACGGUUUGGGUUUUACUCCUCAAAUGCAAUUGAAGGCAACUAAGGAUUUCUCCGGUGGUUGGAGAAUGAGAAUCAAGUUGGCCGAAGCUCUUUUCAUUGAACCUGAUGUUUUGCUUCUCGAUGAACCUACAAACCAUCUUGAUCUUGAAACUUGUGUCUGGCUUGAAAUGUACCUCAAAGAAUAUGAAAACUCUUUAAUUAUCAUUUCCCACUCUCAAGAUUUCCUUAACAAUGUCUGUACAUCAAUUAUCCAUCUCAAAGAUCAAAGAUUAACUUAUUACGGAGGUAAUUAUGAUACCUACUGCAAGACUAGAGAAGAAUUAGAAGUCAAUCAAAUGAAGAGAUAUCAAUCUGAACAAGAUGAUAUCAGUAGAAUGAAGGAAUAUAUUGCCAAGUUCGGUCAAACAUCCAUCAAAAUGUCUAGACAAGCCAAAUCUAAGGAAAAACAACUUGAAAAGAUGAUGAGAAGUGGUUUAACUGAAAAGGUUACUGCUGACAAGAUUUUCAAAUUCACAUUCCCAGAUGUUCCAAAGUUGCCACCACCAGUUUUGCAAUUUAACGAAGUCUCAUUCCACUACCCAGCUACUGAAAUUAUGCCAGAACCUCCAUUGUUAUUCAGUAAGCUAUCUUUGGGUGUUGAUAUGGAUUCCCGUAUUGCUCUCGUCGGUCCAAAUGGUGCUGGUAAAUCUACAUUGAUGAAACUCAUGGUUAAGCAACUUAAACCUGUCUCUGGAGAUAUUAAUCUUCACUCCCACUUGAAGAUUGGUCACUACCACCAACAUUUGACUGAACAAUUAGAUGAAGACAUGACUCCUUUAGAAUGGAUGUUUAAGGAAUUCCCAGACCUUAUUGAAAAUAACUCUAAUGGUACAGAAAUGAUGAGAGCUGCUAUUGGUACUUAUGGUAUCAGUGGUACACGUCAAACUGCUCCAAUUAAAUGUCUCUCAGAUGGUUUGAAAUCAAGAUUGAUUUUUGCUUGGUUAGCUCUUAAGAAGCCAUUUAUUUUGUUCCUUGACGAACCUACUAACCAUCUUGAUAUUGAAACAAUUGACUCUCUUGCUGAAGCUAUCAACUGCUACUCUGGCGGUGUUGUUUUAGUUUCUCACGAUUUUAGAUUGAUUGAUAAGAUAGAAAAUAAGCAAAUCUGGCAAGUUGAAAAGGGUACUGUCAAGAUUUAUAAGGAUAACAUUGAUGCUUACAAGAAGAAGCUCAUUAAGGAAAUUAGAGAAGCUUCUAAAUAAAUUUUAAAUCCAGUUUUUUCUCAU